CCGAUUUUGCCAUGGAAGACCGCUACGACUUCCUAUACGUGACCCGCGGGGCUGUGGCCGCUGGGCUGAACGCCGAGCGUGUCUUUGCUCUAACGGGCGAGGACAUCUCUCGGCGGACGAUGGUGUGGUCGGAAAACGUCUGGCUAACUCUAGAGACUGACGACUCCAAGGCAUUCCGAGGAUUCUCGAUUUUAAUCCAUCAGCUCAAUGUCAGUGAACAUAGUGGUGUGUGCAAAGAUGUCGAGUUCCACUGUGGAAGUGGGUUCUGUAUAAGUUCAGAAUCUGUCUGUGAUGGCUACUUGGACUGUCUAAACUACAAAGAUGAAGCCAACUGCAGUGAAAUAUUCUGUCCAGGGUCGUACAAGUGUGAUGACUUAUCUGUAUUGAACACCACCACCACUGCUCAUCCAACUACCUUAGUCUAUCACGAACCUAUGACCGUGUCAGCUUCAUGGCAUACGUUAUGGACCACUGCUCUGCCUUCCUCUUCUUUAAGCUAUGGGAAUAUCCAAGCACAGUGUAUACCAACGGCUCUGGUUUGUAAUGGAGAGCAGGACUGUCCAAACCUAGACGACGAAACAGAAUGUGAUAGGAAGCGAUGCCCUGCGGGUUGUGAUUGUAGCUACAGUGUUGAAGGAGAAUUUGUGGUGUCUUGUGCAAACGGCUGGGAUGCUACUACGCUGUCGAACAUAGCGGCAACAACCUACACAUUACAUUUGUCUGGAGUUAAUAUUAGUCUGGAGGGGGGGAUCUUCAAAGAGCUGUCGAACCUGAAAGUGCUGUCGUUGAAGAACAACGAGAUAAAGGAAAUACCACAACGCACUUUUGAUGGACUGGAUAGCUUAGUGUGGCUAGAUCUUUCAAAUACAUCGCUGACGGAGCUUAAGGAAUCUGCCAUGGAAGAGUUGUCAAAUCUCCGCGGAAUCACAAUCUUUGAUGUACCGCUGAGAAAAAUUGAGUCCAAUGCUUUCGCUGGACUUGGAAACGUUGAAACACUAAUACUUGUGCGCAACAAAGCAGAGCUGUCCCCAUUAGUUGUUGAAGACUCUGCAUUUGGAGGGCUCCAAAAAGUCUCAGUACUGUAUGUCGAUAAUCAUCAAAUAUGCUGUUUCUUUCCUGACUCUGUUGAGUGUAAAACUCUGGAACCUGAGCCUCCAUUGUUUAUGUGCAGUGAACUCAUGCCUAAUCUCGUCCUUAAAAUCUUCAUGUGGAUACUGGGCGUUAGUGCCCUUGUUGGAAACAUCUUCGUGAUGAUUUGGCGGUGUCGGGAGAAGACACAGGGCAAAGAGAGUCGAAUGGUUCAUUCCUUCUUUGUGUUCAACCUGGCAGUGUCAGAUUCCCUCAUGGGCUCCUACAUGUUGAUCAUAGCUGGUGCAGAUUUGUACUUCGGCAGUCGGUAUUUUGAGAUGUCUGACGAAUGGCGAGCCAGCAUCCCUUGCCGGGUCGCCGGAAUGAUCUCCAUUGUUGCCAGUGAGGCGUCGGUCUUUUUCCUGACCCUCAUCAGCAUCGAUCGGUUCUUGGCAAUCGUCUUUCCCUUCAGCUCUCACCACAUUCGGCCCAAGGGGGCGAAGGUCAUUGCGGUGUGCAUAUGGGCUGCAACCACGGUAGUCGCACUGGUUCCCACUGUUCUGUCUUCAGACGCGCAGUCAGACGUGUACGGCCUCUCUGAUGUCUGCAUUGGGUUACCACUUCGGACGAAAGUGACGCAGUAUGAGACAAGGCAACAAACGAUUGAAGUACAGGGGAUCAGCGACAUUACUGUAGGAAUACCAGUUGCUGUGGCCACCCACGCUUCCUGGUUCUUUUCCAUUGCGCUUUUCCUGGGUGUCAAUCUGCUAUGCUUCUGUCUUAUCCUGGCUUGCUACAUCGCCAUCUUUGUCAACGUUAUCAGGUCCGUGAGGCGGGUGCGACGCCACAAGAGCCGCGACGACGAAAUACGAAUGGCCUUGAAGAUGGCGGCCAUCGUCUCUACAGAUUUCGUCUGCUGGAUGCCAGUCAUCAUGAUGGGUAUCCUGGCGCAGGCCCGCGUGGUGGUGAUACCCACAGAGGCCUAUGCUUGGAUCGUUGUCUUCAUCCUGCCGAUCAACUCCUCCCUCAAUCCUUAUCUCUACACCAUCUCAGAUCUUUGCUCCCAGAGGCGAAGAGAGACUGCCUCAAAGGAGAGGAAGGCGUCAAGAAUCAACUCUGAAACAGGAAACAGCAUUAUCCUGUCCGAGGCGCAUAGUGCAAGUAUCAAGCACCUCUAAAAUGACUUUUGUAUUUACAGAGGACAAAUUCAAGCAACGCUAUUUCAUCAAUCUUGGAGUAUGCUUAGUUCCUCUAUUUCAACACACUCGUUGACGCUUUGUUGAUUUAAUGAGAAUCUUUUCGAAAACUAGGCAUUAGGUACAGUAUUAGGUAGUUUAUUUUCCAUAUCAUUAAAUAGAAAAUUUAUACGAAUAUUAUAUCACAAUAACAGAAAUGAUAUGAAGAUUCUAGAUGAAAAGCAAAUGCUUGUACAAUAUCUGAAACCUGUUACUAAUAUAUUAAAUAUAUUACAUUUUAUUAAGCAUCGCUAUGUAAGUUUCAAAGAAAUAAGAAACACAAUAUAUCAUUUUCAAGUUUAAAGUUAUAUCUCAUUAAAAUAACCUUAAAAAUGUAUCUCAUAAAAAAUAAUUCAAAAAAUACACACCAAGUACAAAUGAUUUCGUUUCUAAAAAUAGAAACAAUGUUUCUAAAUGUAUAUUAUUUGGGAAAGCAUUUUAUUUUGAAAUGGAACAACAAAGUCUAGGUUACGUACGUACACUACGCAGAAAUACUUUUACAUGUAUAGAAUAAUCAUGGGUAAUUAACGGACGAUGAAUACCAAAAGGUAUUGAUAGAUUACCUGAAUUAAAUAUUUCUGUCAUAACAAUCGUACAAGGUCUCAUACAUUAGCUAUGAACACAUAUAAUAUCUUCCAAAUGUGUAAACACGAUCUUUAUCACAUCUGCAUCGUGUCGUUGAAUAUAUAUAGUUUACAAGUAAUUUUAAGAGUACGAGGCGUUAAGUGAUAACAUUUUAAACGCCUUUUAUGUAGCAUUGGCAGGAUGGUUCAAAAACUGUGAUUUUUCAAAGGGAAAUUAUGCAUCUGUAUUCCAAAACUACAAGAGUCGAACAUUCAUUUUGGACUUAACUGGGAGAGUUGUAGUCGAGACCGGUUAGAUCGAGACCAAGGCCAGACGUUACGAGACCAAGGCCUUCGAGAGGGACUGAGGCUAAGAUAGCCCGCCAGGCACACUAAAUUACCACUCACUGCAACAGUCACAGUGUGUGCAUUUGUACUUCUUUGCUGGAAGUUCAGCUAGCGACCCCGACGCUGGUUAAUCCAAAACAACAUCCCAAAACACACAAAAGACUGUUCGAGGUCGGAAAGUCACCAUUGAGCACAUUUAUUUCAAAAAAAAAUAUUAAGAAGAAAAAAACGCGGGAAAAGGGAAAGAGUUCGAUAUAGGGACAACACUAAUUUUCCGUUACAGUGUUAUAACAGAUGUCAGAAAGUGAUAACAUGUCCCCAAAACUGGUAUUUAGCUGAGGAAAUUCCAAAGCAUUCACUAAGAGAACUGUGGGGAUUUUAGACAAAUCUCAUAGGUUUGUGCACAGGGGCAUCAUGUGUUGUCCGUAUGUGGAACUCUUUCCCUUAGGCCUACAUAGACACUGGUUGCCAGAGAACUUUGAUUUAGUUUGAUUCUACUGAGAUAAUUAUUCAGUUUAACCAUUAUUUUAAUUAUUCAUAUUAACUAUCAGAUGCUGUCGUCAUUGCUUGAAGUAGAGUAUUAAAGAAACGCCAGUACACUGAAGCAAAGAGUUUCAUGCUCAUUUAGUUGCAAAUUUCUGAGUGCCUACGCCAAGCAUUUUUCACUUCUAAUUUGCUCAGAUGCCUCAGGGAGAAAAGUUAUAAGGGGGUUCUUGAGAUCAUCCGGGACGAGUUGAUAAAUGAAUGAAGGAACCACUCGGUGUUGAUGUUGCGUUGAUAACAUUAUCUUUUAAAAUUCUUCUUUCUUCGAAUCUGCUUUUUGAAAAGCUGACUUGUCUCUUCUCGUGCCUGUGAUUUUAACUCUGCUUGAUAAGGUACUGGUACCAUUUCUCGCAGGCUGUUCGAAACUGUCCAACGUUACACCAGAUCUGGUCGACAGAGGCCUGCAAUACUGUGCUAAAAGCUGUGAGCCACCAUAAGCUUGGUGACACUUCAGUUUAUUGCAUACACAAUAAACAAUGCAUUAUUCUCUGUAACUGCUGAAUGGGGCACCUUUCACUUUAUGACCUCAGGCCACUAAUAAACCCUUGGCAAAAGACCAAGUUCUUGGCGCUUCUUAAUCUCAUUGGAGGAGAGGGUACUCACGAAGGGUAACUCCAAAUCUCCUAACGACUUGAAGGUUGGUCACGAGUCUCUAAUACCAUGGUACUGUAAAUUGGGCGGGAAACCUUCACUUUUGUUCAGCUUGCAAUCAAGUCAACAUUGUUUGGAAACAGUUUGGGUUAGUGUUUGAAAGCGGACUGGCACUAAAUUGCGUAAAGUACUUCAGGUUGAAUAGAAUCAGUGCUACAGUAAUAGAGAUAUCAGGAGUCAGGUGACUCAGUUUAGCAUCUCUGAAUGUCACGAGUACCACAUGAUUUCAUGAAAGCGGACGAUUGAACCCCGAUGUUGAAUUCACAUUCAGUGACUCCACCAUGCACUCCUUGAUUACCGCCAGAAAGCGAAUUGAAUUUUAUUGAAAGUUCAGUAUGUUCUAAUAUAAAAGUUUUAUAAAUUUACGAUUUUUUUUGGAAAUGUAAUCCUAUAUAUAGUUUUCCCAUUUGUCACCAUUUUGCAAUAAAACCUAUAUAAAAUGAGCCCAAGAAAGAAUGUAUGAAGAUAUUGUGUGCUCCUUAAACGAUGCUAACUGAAAUGGUUGAAAGUAGUUCCAAUUGUUGAAAAGUCUUCAAAACUAUAAAAAAGAUCAUAAUAUCAACAUUGUCAUCUUAACCUGUAAUCUCUACGUAUAUCUUUUCUGAAACCAAUACUGAAUCUUACACUGGUGAAAUAUCGAUUUAUCCUUCUGCUUCUACCUCUAUCGCAUAGGGUGACGAUAAGCAUUUAAAUCUGCUUGGCCGCCCCCCCACCUAAAUAAUGGGGGUAUAUCCCCAAUCCCCCACUCCAGGAUCUAGUAUGCCCAUGGAAGACAGGUACGUGGGUGCAAAAAAUCAAAGGAGCCGGUCAGUGGGUGGUCAGGCGACAUCUCUUCCAUUCGAUGCCAUCGGGCAUGCCCAGCCGGUCACUAUAGAUGGUGUAGCUGUAGCCCAAUGACCGUGACGGUCCUGAGAAUUCGUCAGCAAUUCACGCCCGCAUUAAUGGUAAAUACCGUCCAUAUUUGCAUCAAAUGUCUACAGCUCGUCUGGCCGUAGACCUAAUGGACCUCAGUACUGAUGACUUUUCUAAGGUGCUCAGUGGACCGUGGGCCCCCCACUGGCUCCAUAGGAAAGUGCACAUGUAAACAAAGUUUGACGUCAUCAAUACGUAGGCCUAUCAGAAUUACAGGAAAUGCGUUUGACCUCAACAAUUUGACUUCAGAUAGCGCCCCUAAAAUACAAUAGAACAAACUGUGGUCGGUCGUGCAUCAUAUAGUGACCAAGAUAUGCCCGCAUAACACAACGUGAAAGAAUGGCACUCACAUUCAUACGAAGCAGUUCAUCGGAGAUAUUCAAUAGUAAACGUCGUCUUCGGUAAGUAUCGUUUAUCACCAGUCUGUUGGAUGAGAACCUUCUUUACCGGCGUGUGGCGUAAGUUUCAAUUAUGUCGUCCAUUAUGGACGUAUAUGAUACCCCCCCCCGCGCUUACUACAAAUUCUUCUUUUUCACAGGUUUGGUUUAGUGAACCGAAUCUCCCCCAAAUAAGUUUGUCGCAUCACGAGUUUUUCCUGCAAAAAAACAUGUCUGUCAUUGGUAUUUUAGAACCUUGUGCGCGGGGGUUAUAGAGGUUAUGUGUUUUGGUUGGAUCCUGAGUUAACAUCCUCUUCACAACUCACCGUCUCCAGAUACAAUAUAAGAGGAGAGGCUUCACCACUGGAACCUCUGCAGUCUCCUGACAAUGAAAAGGGCAUGCUGUCCGAAACCUUGAGUACCGGUACAUCCCGGUUCUUUUCAGAACCAAACAUGCUCAUAAAAGAGAUAUCUUUGAAUGGUGCAACUAAAUUAAUAUAACAAAGAAAAGCCUCCAAUAACCAACAAUGCAAAACCUGUCUAGUGGUAAAAUUUUGCCGUCUAGUUUAUCACCUCACAAGAUAAUUGAAGCAUUUUGUAGCUCAUACUAAAUAUUUUGACUUUUUAAAAAUGAAUCGUUUUCGCUAUUUCUGUCAUAUCGUAGGAGGUCUCCUUUGAUAAAACUAACACGAUAAUACGUGAUUGAGAUAGACAACAAAGAGAAACUGAAAAAAAAGAAAAAAAACAAGAUAAGUUGUGUUGUCGAUCUUAAAAUCUUUAUCUUUUUUCAAUUCAACUUUGCAUGGUAAGAUGUUAUUGGUGUUUGUCCCUAGUCAACAUACAGUGGGAGGACCGAGACUGUUUACAUCCUUACUUUUGGUGGCCUCCAGUUUUGCACAAGUUCUUAUUUACUUUAUUAAUUACCUUUCAAUCAUUGUAAUUUUACCAUACGUCAUAUUAUGUUGCAAAGUUGGGUAAUGGUGAUCCAAAAUAAAAGAAGCAGCACACUUGUGGUGGACGCAUGCAUUUAUGAACAAAACGUUUGAGAGACACAAGACAGUCUGCACGCACAUUAUCCAUAAUUCACAAUUUUUAUUACAGACAAGA